AGAUUUUCAAGGCAAAUAGAAACACUAAUGAAGUGCGAAUGCAUAUCCGAACAAGAAGUAAAGUCACUUUGCGCUAAAGCUAGAGAAAUCCUUUUACAGGAAGGCAACGUUCAAGUUGUCGACUCUCCUGUUACGAUAUGUGGCGAUAUUCACGGUCAGUUUUAUGACCUAAUGGAACUUUUUAAAGUAGGAGGACAAGUGCCGGACACUAAUUAUUUGUUCUUAGGUGACUUUGUAGACCGAGGGUUUUACUCAGUUGAGACCUUUUUGCUUUUACUAGCUUUAAAAGUUCGGUAUCCUGAUAGGAUGAUGCUUAUUCGGGGAAAUCACGAAUCUCGUCAGAUCACUCAGGUUUACGGGUUUUAUGAUGAAUGCCUUAGGAAGUACGGAUCCUCUGCAGUUUGGAGGUGUUGUACAGAAGUUUUUGAUUGUUUGAGUUUAUCGGCAGUCAUCGCAGGGAAAGUGUUUUGUGUUCACGGAGGUCUUUCGCCUUCAAUACAAACGCUUGAUCAGAUCCGGACGAUAGACAGGAAGCAGGAAGUACCACACGAUGGGCCGAUGUGUGAUCUCCUUUGGUCAGACCCAGAAGAAAGUGUUGGUUGGGGUGUUAGUCCUAGAGGAGCUGGUUUUCUGUUUGGUUCUGAUGUGGUCAAGGCUUUUUGCGAGACAAAUGGUGUGGAUUUAAUUUGCCGAGCACAUCAGUUGGUUAUGGAAGGCUAUAAAUGGCACUUUAAUGAGACAGUUCUCACUGUUUGGUCUGCUCCUAAUUAUUGUUACAGAUGCGGUAAUGUGGCAGCGAUCUUAGAACUUGACGAACAGUUGAACAAGGAGUUCACCAUUUUUGAGGCAGCUCCACAGGAAAAUCGUGGAGCUCCUGCUAAAAAACCGCAACCGGACUAUUUCUUAUAA